GACAUCACCAGAGCUACCGCCUCUCUCCUCCCACCAGCCGCGCGGUGUCGCCGCUCUCACCUUCCGGCGCUUCCCUGUCACUGAUGUGCUGCAGUUUUACAGUGUGCAUGAAAUUCUGGGCUGGAACAUAAUGGCUUUGCUGCCGUAUGAUGGUGCCAUGAUUCCUGGCCUCCGGAAGUUCCAUGAGCCAUCAGCAACCUUUCACUAUGCCAAGCGAGACAUAGUGAUCCGACAGAACUGGAACCAGCUUGGUGUAGCAGCUGUGGUGUGGGAUGCAGCCAUUGUACUUUGCACAUAUCUUGAACUGGGAACAAUCCAGCUACAAGACCGAACUGUGAUAGAACUGGGAGCGGGUACCGGAUUAGUUGGAAUAGUUGCAGCAUUGCUAGGUGCUGAUGUAACUGUCACUGACAGGGAGGUGGCAUUACAGUUCCUUGAGUCUAAUCUCCAAGAAAACAUCCCUCCUGACCUGCGGGCCAAGGCACGGGCCAGGGAGCUGAAUUGGGGGGUGAACCUAGACCAGUUCGACCCGGGCAGCUAUGAUGUGGUCCUGGGGGCGGACGUGGUUUACCUGGAGGAGGCAUUCCCGGCCCUGCUGGAGACUUUAGAAUAUCUCAGCUCCGAGCAGACUACGAUCCUGCUGUCCUGCCGCAUCCGUUACGAGCGAGACCAGAACUUCCUGCAGAAGCUUGGGAGUCGCUUUGUGGUGGAGAAAGUCCACUACGACACUGAGAAGGAUGUUCAUGUUUACAAGGCACAGAAAAGAAUGGCAAAGGAAGAUCUUUAACCGGAAUCUAGCCACUGUUUUAGAUCCACAUAGGAAGACGUUCAUUCUGAAAGUUUGAGUUCCCUCCCGCCACUCACCAAACCUCAGCAGUGUUUGAGAAAGAGAGUUCUGUACUUCCACUGGCUUCUUGUGUGAAGAAGUGCUUUUUGAAAUUACCCUUGAAUGGUCUAGCUCUAGCUUUAGACUUAUAUCCUCUUGUUCUAGUCUUGCUCACCAGUGGUUUCUCUCUAUCUACCUAUCAAAUCCUUUUUUAAUCAUCCAAAUUAGAUCAUCUUCUUUACUCAGGGCAAUACAAAUCUCAUCUGUGCAACUAGCCCACACCUAAUCAAAUCUACUUAUCCCUUCAAAGGCCGGUCUAUUCUUUUUGAGGAACAGAUGCUGGAAGUGGAACAUGCACUCUUGCCUGACCAGCAUUCUUCUCAGCUGUAAAGUCACUUCUACUCUUCAGUAAACCAGCAUCUUCAGAUAAAGGCCAACAUUCCUUCAGAUAUGUGCAUUAUUUUUAAUAUGUGCCCCUACCUUAAAUGAUUUAUCUGCUUGGAUUCGCUAAGUCUCACUGAUUGUCAACUCUUCCCAGCUUUUUGCUAUUUGGAAAAAAAAUUCUGGUCUAUCUUUCUUAGGUUCAAAGCUAGCGACACUACACUUCUGAGAUUUAGUCUCAACGUUUGUGUUCAAGAAAGUCCAUGUGAGCAAGUCUAAUAAAGAAAUAGUUAUGUUUAA